AUGAGCGUGGACGCGGUGCGGAACGGCGACGCGCACGAUGCGGCCCCCGAGCUGCCCGAGCCCGAGGUUUUGCCCGUGCGCACGAUGCUGGAGGAGUUCGACGUGAACGUCCUCGCGCCGCUCGUACGGUGUUCGAAGCCUGACAUCAGUGCCCUUCCGCCACCUGACAUCGCUGUACGAGACGCAUGUGACGCACACGCCGAUGAUCCUGGCCGAGGAGUUCUCCCGCGCGCAAACAGCACGCAUCUCGGACUUCUCGACGAGCGCAAACGAGCGCGGCGUGUUCUGGAUGGACCCCUCGGUUCCCUCGACAUCGCUCCUCGACUUACCCGAACCGAUCCCGACCGACCCCUCACCGUCGCUUCUCUCGCCCCUUCCCCCACAGCAGUCGCGCUACGUUCCGCGCAAGAGCAACCGCCUCCCCGCAGGCCAGCCGGGGCGGGACAGCCGGUUAGUGCGCGGUGCGCUCGUCGCGCAGCUCGCGAGCCCGAAUGGCGCCUCGCUGGCGGACGCUACAGAGCUGCUGUCGCCUGGGCCUUCAAGGAGGGCAUUGGGUGUGCGUUGCUGCGGAAGCCGGAGCUCGUCGCCGACAUGGUGCGCGCCGUGCACGGCCGGAUGGGGUGGGCGUUCCCCAUCAGCGUCAAGAUCCGCAUCGACCCCGAGCUGGAGCGCACACACACGCUUGUCCGGAACGCCAUCGCUGCUGGCGCGAGCUAUGUCACGAUCCACGGACGGACGCGCCACCAGGCGUCCACCGAGGACGUCAGCCUCGCCGGCAUCCGCUUCGCGGUCGAGUGUGCCCGUGGCGAGGUGCCUGCUGUCGGCAACGGGGAUAUCUGGAGCCUGGGGGAUGCGCACACGAUGCGCGCCAAGACGGGCGUGAAGGGCGUCAUGGCCGCGAGAGGGCUGUUGGCCAACCCCGCCCUGUUUGCGGGAUACGAGCGCACCCCGAGCCACGCCGUUGCCAACUUUGUCAACCUCGCCACCGACUAUGGUCUCAUCUACUCGCUUUAUCACCGCCAUGUCGCGUACAUGCUCGAGGAGAGGUUUAGCAAGCCGGAAAAGGUGUGGUUCAACUCGCUCGGGAGCACGGUCCAGGUCGUCGAGUAUCUCCAGAACCGGGGGCUGGACUUUGCCCAGCAGCGCGAGAUCAACGACGCCGUGAUGGGGUACAGGCUCUGA